UCUUCCAGCCUGCUUCUGCCGCCUUUCCUCCGAUUUCCGCGCUCCCUUUUCCGGCGCCGGUCCGCGGCCAGAGACGGGAUGCUCCCGAAGCGGCGACGAGCGCGGGUCCUGUCCCCCGGCGGCCCUGCCUCCUCCUCUCCGCCGCACUUCCCGGGCGUCGCCAUCUACCUGGCCGAGCCGCGCAUGGGCCGCAGCCGCCGGGCCUUCCUCACGCGCCUGGCGGUCUCCAAGGGCUUCAGGGUCCUGGACGCCUACAGCUCCGAGGUGACACAUGUGGUGAUGGAACAGACCUCAGUGGAGGAGGCCGGCUGCUGGCAGGGGCACAGGGCGGCAGCAGCCUCACCCCAAGGAUGCACCCGCCCAGUACUGCUGGACAUAAGUUGGUUCACAGAAAGCAUGGCAGCUGGGCAGCCCGUGCCCGUGGAGAGCCGGCACCGCCUGGAGGUGGCUGUGCCGGGGAAGGAGCUGCCCAGCCCAGUGAGGAUGCCGCCCUAUGCUUGCCAGCGCCCCACGCCGCUCACACACCACAACACCGGCCUCUCGGAGGCUCUAGAGGUGCUGGCGGAGGCCGCAAGCUUUGAGGGCAGCGAGGGCCGCUUCCUCUCCUUCCGUAGAGCGGCCGCGGUGCUCAAGGCCCUUCCGAGCCGGGUCACAGCCCUGAGCCAGCUGCAGGGGCUGCCGCACUUUGGAGAACACUCCUGCAGGGUUGUCCAGGAGCUGCUGGAACACGGGGUGUGUGAGGAGGUGGAGAGGAUCCAGCUGUCAGAGCGGUACCAGACCAUGAAGCUUUUCACCGGGAUCUUUGGGGUUGGGGUCAAGACUGCUGACCGGUGGUACCGGGAUGGGCUGCGGACCCUGGACAGCCUCCACGAGCAGCCCCAGAGGCUGACCCAGCAGCAGAGAGCAGGACUCCAGCACUACCGCGACCUGAGCGUCCCGGUCCAGCGGCCGGAGGCAGAGGCCCUGCAGCAGGUGGUGGAAGCCGCUGCGGCGCAUGUCCUGCCCGGGGCCACCGUGACGCUGGUGGGCGGCUUCCGGAGGGGGAAGUUGCAGGGCCACGACGUGGACUUGCUUGUCAGCCACCCCCAGGAGGGCCAGGAGGCCGGGCUGCUGCCCAGCAUGAUGGGUCGCCUGGAGAAGCAGGGGCUUGUCCUAUACCACCAGCACCACCGUGGCCGCCCUGAGGACGCCACCCACCCGACCCCGCGGAGCCACACCAUGGAUGCCUUCGAGAUCAUUUUCUGCAUUUUCUGCCUACCACAACCCCCAGGGGCCGCGGUGGGGGGCGCCCAGAGGAGGGCCGUGCGGGUGGACCUGGUGGCUGUCCCCAUCAGCCAGCUCCCUUUUGCCCUGCUAGGCUGGACUGGCUCUAAGCAUUUCCAGCGGGAGCUGCGCCGCUUCAGCCGGAAGGAGAGAGGGCUGUGGCUGAACAGCCAUGGGCUGUUUGACCCGGAGCAGGAAGCCAGCACCGUGGGGGGCAGCCCCCAGGCCUUAACACCCCCACUCCUGUUGCAGAAGAUGCUUUUCCACGUGGCCUCCGAGGAAGACAUAUUCAGGCACCUGGGCCUUGAGUACCUUCCCCCAGAGCAGAGAAAUGCCUGAGCCUGCCGGCCCCACCCCACUCUGGCAAGCCAGCCCUGUGGGCUCCAGGGAGAGGAUGUGCUGUGGCCCCAGGUCCUCACCCCUCCUGACCCCCGACCCCCGACCCCCCACCCGGAGCCCCGCCCACCCUUCAGUCCAGGAUCUAAUGAAAUGUGCACCUGCACCAAACCAAGCUCUGUGUUCUGAAUGCGCUGCUAUGAUGGGGAGUGCAGGGCACCUGGCCCCCAUCAGCUACGGGGUGAUAGUUGGGGGCACUGUGGCGGAGUGCUACUGGGCCAGUGUGGAUGUGAAUGGCGCCGUCUCCGUGGUGGGGUGCUUGCAGAGCCUGAGGUGGCGGAUGGCGGUGUCCCAGGGCUCUGAGCUGGGGGGUGGAGGCCUGGAGCCGCUUCCCACCAGGAGUACGCAGUUGGGGCGCUAAAGGGCGGCCAGCAUCUGGAGAGGGACAGGGUGCAGAGGCAGGAGCUGGGGUUGGGGGAGAACUUCCGGUGCUGGCCCCCACCUUCCAACCAGGUGUCUGGUCUCCGGUCUCUGCCUUUGGUUUUCCAAGCUCUGUUCUCGGAAGGCCUUUAACAGUCACGUAGCGUUCCCCGCCCCCCCCGCUUGCUCCCUGUGCCCUGCAGCUCCCCACCCUGUUAAGUAAUUCCAGAGUCCUCACCGUGGCCCCUAGGGGCCUGGCAUUCCUAUGUCCCCCUGACCCCCGGCCUCCUCUGCACUCCCACUGCUCUGACCGAGCCGCAGAUGCCCGCAGGGCUGGUGGGGGUCCCAGCAUCUCAUGGAGGGGCACUGGCCAUGCAAUGUUCUCUGCUCUGGCACCUUCGCUGCUGGACCGUCCACCUGGACACUGUCCGGACUCACAGGUCUCUGUCAGGUGAGGACCCCCCUGACCACUCUGCAAUAAAAAAUAUUGUUCAA